AUGAUAUUAGUGAAGAUGGAUAACAUGUCUGCUCCCUCAUCACGGGAGCGUGCACAGCGCCUUUAUGAAAAGAACCUUGAAUUGGAGAAUAAGCGUCGAAGAUCUGCUCAAGUGCGGGUCCCAUCCGAUCCAAAUGCCUGCCAACAAAUGCGUGAGAAUUAUGAAGCAAUAAUUCUUGAGGAUCAUGCUUUCUCCGAGCAGCACAAUAUUGAAUUUGCACUUUGGCAGUUGCAUUAUAAGCGGAUUGAGGAGUUUAGGGCAUACUUCAAUGCAGCCGUCUCUUCUACUAACUCAAACCCAACACAGGGAGGAAAAGGCCCUGUGCGGCCUGAUCGGGUAACAAAAAUAAGGCUUCAGUUUAAGACUUUCCUUUCAGAGGCAACAGGAUUUUAUCACGAUCUUAUCAUUAAAAUCAGAGCAAAGUAUGGGCUUCCACUUGGUUACUUUGAGGAUUCAGACAAUCGGAUUGCGAUGGAGAAAGUUGGAAAGAAAUAUGCUGAUAUGAAGAUAGGUUUAGUGUCUUGUCAUCGUUGUCUGAUAUACUUGGGGGAUCUUGCUCGUUAUAAAGGAAUUUAUGGUGAAGGUGACUCAAUAAACCGUGAGUUCACAGCAGCCUCUAGCUACUACUUGCAAGCUGCAUCUCUUUUGCCUUCAAGUGGGAAUCCCCAUCAUCAGCUUGCAUUAGUAGCUUCAUAUUCUGGAGAUGAGCUGGUGACUAUUUAUCGGUACUUUCGUAGUCUGGCUGUGGAUAGUCCUUUUAUAACUGCAAGAGAAAACUUGAUAGUUGCAUUUGAGAAGAACCGUCAGAGUUUCUCUCAGCUACCCGGUGAUACUAAAAUUCUUGCUGUCAAGGAAUCUUCAGGAAGACCAACUGGCAAAGUAAGAGGAAAAGUUGAAGCAAAACUUGCAACAAAGGCAGCUAGUGCUAGAAUCAAAGAAGCAUCCAGUAUACAAGAAACUUAUAAAUGCUUUUGCACUCGCUUUGUACGCCUAAAUGGAAUCUUGUUCACUCGUACAAGUCUCGAGACCUUCACCGAAGUUCUUGCCGUUGUUAACGCUGGUCUGCGCAAACUUCUUUCUUCAGGGCAAGAUGAGGAGCUGAGUUUUGGCACUGAUGUGACCGAGAAUGAACUUGUCAUUGUCAGAAUUGUCUGCAUCAUAGUAUUUACAAUUUAUAACGUGAAUAAGGAAUGUGAAGGUCAAACUUAUGCAGAAAUUGUACAGCGUGCUGUUCUUCUUCAGAAUGCAUUUGCUGCAGCUUUUGAAUUGAUGGGUUACAUGAUAGAGAGAUGUACAGAGCUGCGUGACCCAUCUUCUAGUUAUCUUCUACCCGGAAUUUUGGUUUUUGUUGAGUGGCUGGCUUGUUAUCCAGAUCUAGCUAAAGGCAAUGAUGUGGAUGAGAAUCAGGCUACUAUCAGAUCAAAAUUUUGGAAUCAUUGUAUAUCCCUUUUCAAUAGACUGCUUUUAGUUGAGCCUAUGUCCAUUCUUGAUGAGGAGGAAACUUGCUUUAAUAACAUGAGCAGGUAUGAAGAAGGGGAAACUGAAAACCGUCUUGCUUUGUUCGAGGACUUUGAGUUAAGGGGAUUUGUUCCACUGCUUCCUGCACAAAGUAUCUUGGACUUCUCUAGGAAUCAUUCUCUUGGAAAUGAUGGUGAAAAGGAAAGAAAAGCUCGGGUCAAAAGGAUUUUAGCUGCAGGGAAGGCUUUAGCAAAUGUUGUUAGGGUUGACCAGAAAGUGAUAUAUUUUGAUUCAAAGGCUAAGAAAUUUACAAUUGGUGUUGAGCCUCAAACCUCAGAUGAUUUCGUUCUUGCUACAUCCUAUUCAGGCAUUCUCAGUACAGAAAACUUUCUGCAAGAAAAUCCAGGAGACGAAUCAAUGGUGGAAGUUGUUCAAUCAAAUCAAGAUCGGUAUAUAGAGGAAGAUGAGGAUGAAGUUAUUGUUUUCAAGCCUGUAGUGUCUGAGGCUCGAGCUGAUGUGGUUGUCUCAUCAUGGGCUCCCCAUGAGGGUUUGGGGCCUUCUCUAAAAGCAUUUGAAGGGGAUUUAAACAUUCAUGAAAGUUCUACUUCCAACCCUCUCAAUAAUAUAAACCAUCAAACUUUGCCUGUUUCUGUUAGCGGUAUGAUGCCUCAAAACAUCCAACCAGUGCAAACAUCAAGGUGGAUUACGGAGGAAAUUUCUCUUGGCAACAAUUUUGAAGCUCUUCGCUUAUUUGAGAAUGGGCAUGUAACGAAACCUGGCCUACAAGAAGCUGUAGACAUCUCAAACCGUGUAGCGUUUCCUAUUCCUGUUCAACAAUCUGUUGCUGCUGAUACUAAUGGUGUGUUUCAGGGUCUUCCAAAAUCUUCAGAAUCUUUGAUACCAUCCAAAGUUGAUGCUAUUGCAUCUUCAGGAGUAAUUACGGAUAAUUUAUAUGGGAUGACCACACCAGCCUUGCAAGCUAGUUUGAGAAAAUCUCCAGUCAGUCGACCUGCUAGGCACAUAGGACCUCCUCCGGGCUUUAGUCCCUUUCCUUCCAAACAAGGUGGUGAAUACUCUGUUUCAGAUACAAUAAGUGGGAAUCCAAUUAUGGAUGAUUAUGGUUGGUUAGAUGGAUAUCAUUUGGAUUCAUCAACUACUGGUUUAAGCUCUAAUGGUCCUCUGGCUUACGCACAAUCAAAUUCUCAUCAAGUCAGUAACAAUGGCUAUAGUGGGACGGUUAGCUUUCCCUUCCCUGGAAAAAAAUUUCCAUCUGUGCCUCUUCAGGUGGAGAAACAAAAUGGUUGGCAUGAGUAUCAAUCAAAUGAGCAUUUAAAAUCACACGCUGAUCAGCAGCUGCGACCUCAACAACAGCUCACAAAUGGAAACCAGCAGUUUUCUCCUCUGCCCGAGCAAUUUCAAGGACAAUCAAUUUGGACAGGUCGUUACUUGGUGUGA